AUGAAUCCACCCGAAUUUCUUCAGCCUCCUGAGGUUGAAGAGGCGCUGCUGCGCCUUCUUCACGACGCUGUCAGUGUAUGUCAAUUCAACCAGUGCCUGCUGAAUGUGUCACCAUCCAAUCAUCUCAAAUACAACCACACUAGCUUCACAAGUUGUAGUGGAAUCACCAACAGGACAUUUACACCAACCAAUGACUCCUUAAUAAGUAAAGAGGAAUGGGAAUCUCUGCUCACAGAGCUACAAUGGUCAUUACCGCCUGUUGUCCCCUUAUCCACAGAUGAGGCCACAAACCCCACUAAGUGCUCAUUCUCUGUUGUCAACCCCAAUUCAAACCACACAGUUGGAGGGUUUAUAGAUGUGAUUUUGAUAGCUAGAGAUACUAAAAACAGGAUCAAAACCUAUGGAGGACUUUUUCAGGCCAAGUUGUUUAACUCAGAACUUAAGGCCAGUACUUAUGGAGCUGUAACAGACCACUUUAAUGGCACCUACACUGCCCGUCUGGCCCUGCAUUGGCCCGGACCUGCCAAGGUGUCCAUCCGCCUAGUGCACUCUAGUGAGGCCGUGCAGGUACUGUGUAGGCAAAGGGAACAGGACCCAGAUAAGGUCUACUUCCAUGGCUACUUUGAGGAGGGUGGCAAGCAGGAAACGGUGAUGUGCAAUGCCCAGAGAAGUCCUAGGCUGGUGGGGAACGAGUCACAGUGUUGCUGUGAGUACAGAGAGCCAGUCACUGGGGAGACCUGGUUCUGUCGUCGGCCAUCUUCCCUGCCUUGCCAUGCUUUGACCUACCACAGCAUGGGCGGUUACCAGGCAGUACUCUCCAAGGUGGAGACGACCCUUCUAAAGAGUUCCACGAACAUUAUUGUACCAGGUGACGAUUCAACUAUCGAUGUCCAGCAACAGGACACUGAAAUACGAUCACAAACAAAAUGUCGUCCUGGUUUGCACACCUCAGUACCAGCUGGAUUCUACCUCCAGGAUCACUGGACAUCCCUGGUGUGUGACUCAAAAUCCUUUCCCUCAGCUAAACUGAUAUCUGGAUGCCUGAAGGACAAACAGAUCCUUAUGAUGGGUGACUCCACUCUCCGUCAGUGGUUCGACUACCUGGAGAAAAUUGUGCCAACAUUGAAACGCCUGAACCUUCACACAUCAAGCAAAUCGGGCCCCUUUGAGGCAGUCGACACCCAGUCCAACACCCGUAUUAUCUGGCGGGCCCAUGGGAUACCUAUACGGACAAGCAAGACCCCCUGGGCUGACCUUCACUACAUCGCCAGGGAGUUGGAGGAUAUGGCAGGGGGUGCACACUCUGUAGUCGUCUUCACCAUAUGGGCUCAUUUCACCACGUACCCACUGGCUAUGUACGCACACCGUCUGGUCGUCAUCCGUAGGGCUGUGGCGUCGCUCCUUAGCCGAUCUCCCACUACUCUGGUAGUGAUCAAGUCAGCUAACACGGGCUACAAGGAUGUGUAUGGCAGCGACUGGCUCUCCUGGCAGCUCGACAUGGCACUCAGGGAAAUUUUCAGGGACUUGCCUCUGGUCCUCAUCGACGUUUGGCAGAUGACCUCCUGCCAUUAUUCUCUGGACAACAUUCACCCGCCCUCUGUGGUGAUCCAAAAUGAAGUGGAUCUCUUCCUGUCCUUUGUUUGUCCACAGUCAAAAAUGCUGUAGUCAUGCCUGUAAUAACAUUGUGCCUUACUGUAUACAAAAUGCUGUCUCCGAAAGGAUUCUACAGUAUAUUGGAAAAGGGAUUGUAAUGUUAGGAAGAAUUCCUUUAAAAACGGUUUGCCUUUUUCAAAAUGAAUGUAAAGCUUUUCUAACUGGCCUUAUUUUAAAAUAAAAACUACUUUAACUAUGAACACUCGUCAAAACUAUGGCAAACCACAGAGCUCAAUGUUUUCUUUACAACUAAAAUCCCCUCAACCGUUAUCAUUUCUGUUUCUCACACAUUUCUGAGAAUAGCAUAACUAUUAAUAUCCACAGAGAAUCGAUUCAAGAGAAGCGCUGAUACCCAGUGCUCCUUGUUGUAUUUUAAGCACUUCAUGAGAUUUUCAUUUAAAUAGAAUUUGAUAGAUUAUUAUUAAUACAGACUAUUUGAAUUUGCUGUUAGAUACAUUAUGUGCAAUUGAGAAGGACACAUGAGAAUUGCAGUUACCUUUAUUCUUAUAUUUUUAUAGAGGAAAAUAUGUUUGAAAUGACUAUGUAUACAUUACAAUCAGAAACUGACUAGUCCAAAUGCUAUAAUGUACUGUCCCUCUUGCUCCCUUUCACAAUUGUAUAUAAUGUAGUCAGGAAGUUUAGUAACAAUGAAGGUCUGUUCUUUAAGUUCAUUCAGUUGUACAAAUCUCCAGGUGGUGGGAACGGGCCAUCUCCAAAAUGGUCGGGAAUGUUGAUUUAUGCUGACUGGCCUUGACUUCGUGCUGAUAACGCGGAGGCUUGAGAAUUAGAGGGGCCCUCUGUUUGUGAAACGGAACGUUUGGAAAACGCUGACGUCAUUUUCAGUUUAUAACCUGUGGUAAUGUGUGUAAGCAUUUAAUACUCUCUGGAAUUAAACGCUCUUUACCUGGC